GUCCGGCGGCGCGGCGCCAUUUUGCAAGAGCCUGCGACCGAGUGGGAGUGGAGUGGAGCGGCAGUUGUUGCCGACUCUUUCCUCCUCCCAACGGUCCAGUCAGCGGGUUGAUUAGGCCUUCGGCCAUCAAGCCGAGACUUGUCUCAUAUUUAGUUCUGGAGAACGCCUGGCCGACAUGAGUGAUGUAGAGGAGAACAACUUCGAGGGCAGAGUUAAUGUUCGUGAAGAAAUUGAAGAGUUUUUUCCAAGAAUGUGGAAGAUAAAUCAAGAUAAAAGAAGGCUAAUGAAAAGUAUUAAAGAUCAGAAAAUUAAAAUUGAAUGGGGGAAAAAAUUGAACAGAAGAUUGGUCAGAUAGAAGCACUUGAAUAUUUUUUUAAGGCUAUUUUGAAUUGUUUGAAUUGGGGAAGAAUACACGAAGUAUGAAAAAUGAAAAACUCAAUGAAGAAUGAAGAGAAGUAGAAAGCAAGAGUGAAGUAGAAUUAAAAGAAUCUGGAAGAAUGAAUGGGUCCUAGGUUAAGUAAAUGAGUCUCGCUCUCAGUCAAAAUCUCCAACGGGAACUCCUGCUCGUGUAAAAUCGGAGAGCAGGUCAGGAUCUCGUAGUCCAUCAAGGGUUUCCAAACACUCUGAAUCCCAUUCUCGAUCUAGAUCAAAAUCCAGGUCGAGAUCAAGGAGGCAUUCUCAUAGACGUUACACUCGAUCCAGAUCCCACUCUCAUUCUCACAGGAGACGAUCUCGAAGUAGAUCAUAUACACCAGAAUACCGACGUCGAAGGAGCCGAAGUCAUUCUCCAAUGUCUAACCGGAGGAGACAUACAGGCAGCAGAGCGAAUCCAGAUCCUAACACUUGUCUUGGAGUGUUUGGCCUCAGUUUGUACACAACAGAGAGAGAUCUUCGUGAAGUAUUUUCCCGCUAUGGACCAUUGAGUGGUGUCAAUGUGGUUUAUGAUCAGCGAACUGGACGGUCUCGAGGAUUUGCUUUUGUUUAUUUUGAGAGAAUAGAUGACUCGAAGGAGGCUAUGGAAAGGGCAAAUGGAAUGGAGCUAGAUGGUAGAAGAAUUCGUGUGGAUUAUUCUAUCACCAAGAGAGCACACACACCUACACCAGGCAUCUACAUGGGCAGACCAACACAUAGUGGUGGUGGCGGUGGCGGAGGUGGAGGUGGCGGCGGAGGUGGAGGUGGUGGCAGACGUCGAGAUUCUUACUAUGAUAGAGGAUACGAUCGUGGGUAUGACAGAUAUGAAGACUAUGAUUACCGGUACAGAAGAAGAUCACCUUCUCCUUAUUAUAGUCGAUACAGAUCACGAUCAAGAUCUCGUUCUUACAGCCCAAGACGCUAUUGAUAAACUGAAUGGUUGCAGUUGAGGACAUAUUUUUGUUUUCCUUUUCUCUUGUUUCUUUUUUUUUAAUUAUUUUAAUUCUGGCUCUCCCUAAGCUUCUGAUCUUGCCUACUCUUUAAAAAAGAACCCUUUAAAAACAUCUUCGGUUUGUCUAGCAUCUACACGUUGUCAGUUGUAUUGCUGUUUUUCACUCUUUUUAUUAUAUUCUUGAAGAUGUAAUUGUUAUUGAGUAGUUAAACAUCUUGAGUAAAAAAGGAACCCCAGUGUUUUGCUUGGUAAAUUAUUUUUCUUUGCUUUUACAUAAAAUUAACUCGUAGCUAAUCAAAUAAGGAAAGUAAGUUACUUUUUUAAAGCCUUUUUUUGUGUUAGGCAUUGUAUUAGAGACUUGCAUUUAUGACAAACUUUUUUGUUUUUAAACUUUAUUUUGGGUAAGAUAGUAACAUAAAGUAGCUCCGUCAUGUCAAGUUUGUCUUGGGUGGCAUGGAAUAGUCAAAUAGUUGAGUGUAGAAAGUUUGAUACUAUAGAAGAAAACACUUGGUCAUUUCUUUCAAAGAACGAAAUUUUUGAACCCUAACAAUUAAGUCUUUGUUUUUUAGAGGUGAAAACUUGUGGACUCCUGUACAACAUGUUGUAUUUGAAAUACAUCUGUUAAACCUUACAGACUUAAAAUGUGACUUUUUUUGGUGUUAAACUUAUUGAAUAUUCCCUUAAUCAGUGAAGGACAACCCUUAUUUAUUAACUAGAGCAAUUGUAUAAUUUGCUGUUAGAAAUUUUGGUAUUGGGACACUGGUCAUGGUAUAUAUAGUCCUUAGAUGAUACGUGUGGGGAAAAGUAGUCUCCUUUCAAAUAAAAGUUAAUUUCUUUGACAACUGUAUUGUCUCUUUAUUUUGGUACAAUAGAAAAAUAUCUGGAUUGAAUUUGAGCACCAGUCCUUUUCCCAGCAUUCCUCCAGUGUAUAUUUGUACAAAGUUUUGUCAAUCCUGAGUUAAUUUCCUAAUUUUUCCCAGUAUUUUUGCUUACAUCUGAAUGUGUAAUCCUUGUUUAUUUUUCAGACUUUAAAAAAAACUCUUAGUUUUUUUCUCUCUUCUUUUUUGUGGGCCAGGUUGUAAAUAUUUAAAGAGUAUUUAGUACCAGUCACUAUGCUAAAGGAAAGAUAAAUAAUAUGGCUCAUGUCUUCAAGAAGCCCACAUUCUAAUAGGAAACAAACCACUGUUUAGCGAAGAGGUGAAUGAUGUUUCAGGUGACCUUUAUAAAAAGGUAUAGGAGUAUGAGCUCCUUUGUUUUCUCUCUCACAGCAUUGGGAACAAUUAGAUUAUUAUGAUCUGUGGUCCAUAAAUGGAGCUGAGAAUUUUGUAAAUACAUGGAAUUGAAGUACCUCAGACACCUUUAUUAAAAAGAUAAAUUUUCAAAGGUUUUUUUUUUUUUUUGCCAGUAAGGGAUAAUCAACAAAAUUGGCAAUCUGUGUUGGUCCUUAGAGGGCUUUUGUUGUUAAACCAGGUUAUUAAAAAGACUGGGAACCAUUGUCUUAAAGAGAACAUUAAUGUCUUGACUAGGAGUACUUUAAAAACUUAGGCAGACAUUACUACAAGUCAUUGCUAAAUAUUAAUUGCUAGCUAUUAGCACAUUAGAGACAAAGGAGUUACAGAUUAUUUUUUCUAACUUGUGGAAAACAAAUGGGACCUUAACAUUAGAAGAGAAUUCAUUCUUCUAAUUCAAAGUAUAAAGGAUACUUUUUAAAAAGUUGAUUUCUAAAAUCGUGCCCCACUCUUUUUAAAAAACCAUCUAUAAUGAGACCAAAUGGUCA